AUGGGGAGGGGACCCAGGCAUCCAGCGCUCCUGGGCCGGGAGACUUGUAACCGGUACGAACUGCGCUCAGGGGCUGGACAGCCUCUGGGUCAGGCGGCAGAGGAGAGCAACUGCUGUGCUCGUCUGUGCUGUGGAGCCCGCCGGCCCCUGCGUGUCCGCCUGGUGGACCCCGGGGACCGAGAGGUGCUGCGCCUGAUCCGCCCCCUCCAGUGUGGCUGCAGCUGCUGUCCGUGUGGCCUCCAGGAGAUGGAAGUACAGGCUCCACCUGGCACCACCAUUGGCCAUGUUCUACAGACCUGGCACCCCUUCAUCCCCAAGUUCUCCAUCCAGGAUGCUGAUCGCCAGACUGUCCUGCGAGUGGUGGGGCCCUGCUGGACCUGUGGCUGUGGCACAGAUACCAACUUUGAGGUGAAGACUCCGGAUGAAUCCCGCAGUGUGGGCCGAAUCAGCAAGCAGUGGGGGGGGCUGCUCCAAGAAGCCCUCACGGAUGCAGACGACUUUGGCCUGCAGUUCCCGCUGGACCUGGACGUGAGGGUGAAGGCUGUGCUGCUGGGAGCCACGUUCCUCAUUGACUACAUGUUCUUCGAGAAGCGAGGAGGCGAUGGGCCCUCUGCCGUCACCAGUUAG